GCGGGGCCGGGCCGGACCCCCGCUGCCACUCGCACUCACACUCGCGCUCACACUCACUCCCUCGCUUCACCCGCACGCCCCAUUGUCCCUGCCCGCCCGCGCCGCUUUAUUUGGGUGUUUUGUUCGCUGCCCGGCGCGGAGCUCCGCGCGCCCGCCCGCGCCGCGCCGGAGCGGCACAUUCAUCCCCGGCCGGGGGCUGCUUUCGAACCGCUGCCAUCGCGGCUCCAUUGUUCGCCGGGCGGCCAGGCCCCGCCCCCCUUUGUGUGGCGCGGCGGCGAUUGGCCGGCGCCGGGCGGAGGGCUGCCGUCACCGCUCGGGAAGCCCAUUCAUCUGUGCACUUGGGCGUUGGACUCCGCAUCUUAUUAGCAACCAGGGAGAUUUCUCCAUUUUCUCCUUGUCUACAUAUUUAUACCAACCCAACGCUCUUUGUUUCCCCUCCUUUUGGAUCUGUUGAGUUUCUUUGUUGAAUAAGACAGCAUGGGUGCCCAGUUCUCCAAGACCGCUGCAAAGGGCGAAGCCUCCGCCGAGAAACCUGGGGAAGCAGUGGCUGCAUCUCCAUCCAAGGCGAAUGGACAGGAGAACGGCCACGUGAAGGUGAACGGCGACGCCUCCCCCGCGGCGGCGGAGGCGGGCAAGGAGGAGGUGCAGGCGAACGGCAGCGCGCCCGCCGAGGAGACGGGCAAGGAGGAGGCGGCCUCGUCGGAGCCCGCCUCCGAGAAGGAGGCCGCCGAGGCGGAGAGCACCGAGCCGGCCUCGCCGGCGGAGGGAGAGGCCUCCCCCAAGACUGAGGAGGGCGCGACCCCCUCGUCCAGCAGCGAGACCCCGAAAAAAAAAAAGAAGCGCUUUUCCUUCAAGAAGUCCUUUAAGCUGAGCGGCUUCUCCUUCAAAAAGAACAAAAAGGAGGCCGGCGAGGGGGCGGAGAGCGAGGGCGGCGCCGCCGCCGCGGCGGAGGGCGGGAAGGAGGAGGCGGCGGCGGCCCCCGAGGCGGCGGGCGGCGACGAGGGCAAGGGCUCCACCGACGAGCCCUGCGCGGCCGCCCCGGGCGGCGCCGAGGCGGCCAAGGAGGAGGCGGGGGACUCGCAGGAGGCCAAAUCGGACGAGGCCGCCCCCGAGAAGGCGGCGGGAGAAGAGGCCCCGGCGGCGGCGGCGGAGGAGCAGCAGCAGCAGCAGCAGGAGGCCAAGGCGGCCGAGGAGGCCGGCGGCGCCGCCGCCGCCGCCACCACCACCACCACGAGCGAGGCCUCGGGCAGCGGCGAGCAGGAGGCGGCCUCGGCGGCGGAGGAGGCGGCGAGGCAGGAGGCCCCCUCCGAGAGCAGUCCGGAGGGCCCCGCCGCCGAGCCGGCGGAGUAGAGCAGCGCCGCCGCCGGCCCCCCCCUCGCCGACGAACUUUUUUCUCCCCCCCUGUUUGUUUGUUGGAGUGGUGCCAGGUACUGGUUUUCGGAGAACUUGUCUACAACCAGGGAUUGAUUUAAAAGAUGUCUCGUUUCUUUUUUUUCUCUCCCCGCAGAUUUUUUUUCCCAUCUCAAAUCAAUUCUGUUACCACCAUUCCAACGGGCGGAGGAGGGCCUCGGCGCCUCCCUCCGCCUCCUUCCUUCUCUCCUCCUCCUUUUUUUUUUAUUUUUUUUAUUUUUUUUUUUUGCAUCAGUAUUAAUGUUUUUCGGUUUUUCGGUUUCGUUUAAUUUUUUUAUUAUUUUUUUUGGCAUACUUUGCAUCUUUAUUCGAAAUGUAAACUUUCUUUGUCAGUCUAUGGACAUGCCCAUAUAUGAAGGAGAUGGGUGGGUCAAUAAGGGAUAUCAAAUGAAGUGAUAAGGGGCCACAGUGGGGGAUCCGUGGCGCGCAUCCAUUGCCAAGAGAACGUGCCACGAGAAAUGAUGUAAGGGGUUAGUCUUUUUUUAAAAGAAAGUUAUUACGAUGUAUUUUGUGAGGCAGAUGUUCUAUAAGGUUUACAACACUACAAGUCUUGAUUAAGAAGGAAAGGAAAAAAAAAAUCAAUACCCAGAUAAAGAGAUCAUAGUCUUAGGAAUUCAUUUAAACCAUAGGAACUUUUCACUUAUCUCAUGUUAGCUGUAUCAGUCAGUGAUUAAGUAGAAAUACAAGUUGUAUAGGCUUUAUUGUUUAUUGCUGGUUUAUGACCUUAAUAAAAGUGUAAUUAUGUAUUACCAGCAGGGUGUUUUUAACUGUGACUAUUGUAUAAAAACAAAUCUUGAUAUCCAGAAGCACAUGAAGUUUGCAACUCUUUCCACCCUGCCCAUUUUUGUAAAACUGCAGUCAUCUUGGACCUUUUAAACACAAAUUUUAAACUCAACCAAGCUGUGAUAAGUGGAAUGGUUACUGUUUAUACUGUGGUAUGUUUUUGAUUACAGCAGACUGCUUUCUUUUCCAGUUGUCUUUGAAAAUAAAGGAAAACUCUUCAGAUGCAAUGUUUUUUUUUAUUUUUUUUGGUGUAGCAUCUUGUCUAUCAUGUUUUUGUAAAUACUGGAGAAGCUUUGACCAAUUUGACUUAGAGAUGGAAUGUAACUUUGCUUACAAAAAUUGCUAUUAAACUCCUGCUUAAGGUGUUCUAAUUUUCUGUGAGCACACUAAAAGCGAAAAAUAAAUGUGAAUAAAAUGUAUAAUUUGGUUGUGUUUCUUUCAUGGAUACUCUGGUAACUUAAAUGGGCCAGCCAGUAUUGUACAAGCCUAAAUUUGUAUAAAGUGAUGAUGUACGCUGUUAGUGCUGGCUUUUUAGCUGCCUUCCUAGAUCCCAGACUGUGUAAUGCUGUGCUUUUUGUAGAGAAAUUGAGCAGCGAGCCAGGUAACUCGCAGGUUUCCUGGCUUUAAAAAGAAGGCUGGAAGGCAGUCUGAGCAUGUACAGCGUGCGAUUCUGUUGUCCAGGCUCCAUCUUGCUUUAAGACCAGAGGUAUCCAGCAUAUGAGAUUCUUGCCUCUUGAGGAAAAUGAGAUGUAAUUUGAAUUGCUUAGGGUGGGGCGCUGAUUUUUUUUUGUGACGAGUUGCCUAAAAGUUAAGCUCUUGAACAGACGUCGCAUUUAUGUCUUAGGAUGCUGUCCCUGCUUAGGUUCCUAGAUGAUUAGCUCAGAAACUUUAGCCUGGAGGGAGAAAGGGGGUAUUAACACUGCCAUUCUGCUCAAAGUAAUUAAAAGCAAUAUUUUCUCUUUUUUUCCUCAAGUGCUACUCCCAGCUGCAGGUGAGUUACAGAACAGAUUUCAAAAUUUGUCUAUAAAAAUAAUUACUUGGUGCUUGCCUUUAAUUGUUAGGCUCUCUGGCUAAUUUCCAGCAUUUUGCUCAGGGCAUAUUAUGCCUUAAUAAAACAGUGGGCUCAUGUAAGAAAAGCAGUAGUGGUAUUUGGAGGGUGGAAAUUGAUUCAAGAAAGUGUUGCUUCUAAGUUUAUAGGAGAAAGUUUAGUGUUACACUUAUUUGCUUCCACCUAAAUUUUCAGCAGAAACUCUUUGGAAGCAAUUAUGAUUCAUUUUAUGAGAAAAUGGCACGUUAGCACCUUGUUCCCUAAAGAACAAAGCCUAAACUGAAUGAAGUAUAGUAGAUUUCCUGCUGAAUGCGUAUUUUUUUUUUCUUUUCCUUUUUUUUUUUUCUUUUUUUUUUUUUUAAUUCAGCUGUCUACCAUUUUAACUUUGGCUUGUAUGUACUCUAGUUGCCCUGGUAUUUCUCUAUAGCUUUAGAAAUGUAUUGAAACUAUGCUAUAAUUGCUGAGGGACAAAAAUAAAUGGAUGUAAAACAAGAUCCUCCACACCAGUGUCAUUCUUGGAGUACAUGUGUUUGAAGUCUAGUGCAUAACUGCUUUGCUAAGGGGUUUUUAUAACAUGGCUGUAAAAACCUGUUCUAAGACGCAUGAUGUCUUGGCCAUAGAGUCAAUGUCUCUUUUUAAUAAAUAUAUAUAUAUUUAAAUUCAA